AAACAUGUGUGUUUACUUGGUGGUUUUCGUAGUUUUAUCAUAUUUAGCGUUGAUGAAAUACAUUUACUAUCGUGAUGGACGAACUUUCGUGAAGUCAUUGAAACAUGUAAUGAGCCUUUCAUCAGACGGAGAACCAAACAGCGUCACAGCUCUGGUUGUAACUGCGCACCCGGAUGAUGAGUGUAUGUUCUUCGCGCCAACGAUUAUUCGACUCGUUGAGCUAAAUGUCUGCGUUCACCUGCUGUGUUUAUCCGAAGGAAACUACUACAACCAGGGAGCUGAGCGUAGAAAAGAACUUUUCAGCAGCUGUGCCAUCUUGGGAAUACCAACCUCCAGGGUCACCAUAUUGGACCACAGAAAACUUCCAGAUGAUCCCCGAUCAGAAUGGAGUGUCUCGCUGGUUUCCUCUACGAUAGUGAAGCACAUACGAGCUCACUCCUGCAACCUGGUGCUGACCUUCGAUGGAAGAGGAGUGAGUGGCCAUGCCAAUCACACGGCCCUUCAUAAAGCUGUCAGACACCUCGCCUGCACCGGAGCAGCACCCAAUGACUGUGUGCUGCUCUCCCUGGACACCGUCAGCUUUCUGAGGAAGUACGUCUCCAUCCUGGAGCUGCCAGUCAGCGAGUUGCUGCCGUCACAUCUCUGCUGUAUAAUUGGCUCACGGGGCUACAGGCGAGCCAAAGCCGCCAUGCUGUGUCAUCGCACUCAACUCCUGUGGUUCCGGUACCUCUACAUCGCCUUUUCUCGAUACAUGUUCGUAAACACGUUCCAGUUAAUUCCACAGGGACCGAAGAACCUGAAGAUCUAUUAAAAGUUUGUGUUGAUUGUUAACUUUCAGUCUACUGACUCGAGGCACUGGUAGGAAAGAAAUAUGUAGCUUUAAUCAGUAAUGUUGUUUUGGUAAAGGGGUAACUUUAUUGUUUUCAGUCGUGACACUGUAUAAAAUAGCUGCUCAUCUUCAACAUUUCUCAGGAAGUUCUCAUUAAAGGAAGUUUGGUUCCUGAACCACGGUAGUUUUAUGUUUUCUGCGUGUCCUCUCGAGGUUUAGACAUGCCCCUGAUGCUCUUGUGAGCUUGCAUGCUUUCCUCCCACUGGUCUCCACAGAAGUUGUCCACGGUGACACUGCGGACGGUACCUGGAUCCAGGCAGUGUGGAGCAACACCUGGGGAGAAAACAAAAACAAAGGGUGGUUCCAUCAUUUGCGUGCAAACCAAAAAAGCUAACCGUCUCGAUUCAACAAUACUUCCUGAAGGGAAUUCAGAUAAACGUCUGAACACCCGGUUUUACCGGCUGAGUAACGCAAGAUUUUUAGGCAUAACAUCAGGCUCCUGCUGUGUACAUAACACGUCUGCUUUCUGCAGAUGCUGCAAAAGCUCAGCAUUACAGAGAAAACUGGGGAAGUUAGUUAGGAGUAAACGUGACAUGAUUAGUUUGCAGUAAACACUGUUGCAUUGUGAAACACUUUCAAAGCACAUGAGACUGAUGAGUCUGGUGUCAACAAGCAGGAGUCUCACCAUAUCCAUCAGGGUUGGAGCGGGGCGUGUAGAAACUCUGAACACCACACGUUUUACAGAAAGUGUGUUUCGCAACGUGAGAGUUAAAAGCGUAUGUGGUCAGGUUAUCCAACCCCUGAAAAGAACAAGAAAGAAAUCACAAUUUGACUUUUUUUUUGUUCGUCUUUAAAAUGAUGGAGAUGUUGAUUUGAAACAGGACUUCUUACCUGCAAGAGUGUGAAGUGAUCUUUAGGGACAAUGAAAUGAUGGUUUUGUUUUUUUGUGCAAAUGCUACAGCUGGUUUAACAAAAAAAGAAAAAGGGGAGGGGGGUAUAAUUGUUAGAGAACUUGUGUUGGAGUAAAUAUUUUUAUACUAAUGCCAAUUACAUUUAGACUUGUGUAUCUUAAUAUCUGUGUGUAAUAGUAUGGUUAAAUGAGUUAAUCCAUACUUGCAGUGAAAAACAUGGAGAUCUGGAGCACUCCAGACUUCAAACCUAACCGCCCCACAGUGGCAGCCACCGGCGUGUUUCACAACCUCCAUUCUUCAGAUGAAAGAGGAAAACAUAUAUUCUUGUUAGUUUUCUGGAUUGAUGAGUUUUACUUCAGCUACCGUUGGUAAGCACCUGGAAUCUGUGUACCUGACUCGUAUAUAAAGUUCAGUUAAAACCUGUGUGACGUGUUUCUUGCAAAACUUGUUGACGUGGAGUCGAAAGUCCCAUCCAGAAAGUUCUGGUCUUCCUGUCA